CGCUGGUCUGGACCCCAGCAAGUUCCCGCCCACCUGAGAGAGCAGCAAUCGACCGUUGUGCUUGCCGAGCCCAUUCCAGGACGCCCGGAGAAUAAAAGUACGCGUCGGCCCAUCGCAUUGAGGUGUGCUGCGCUGCGAGGAGCAUUUUCCGACAGGCCGGGCUGUUGGACGCUGGGGUAAGUGCUGCGAGCCGAGCAACUUCCAGCACCGCCCUGCUGCGGUCUUCGAGAGUGGGAGCUACACCAACAGUCUGGCAUUUCGCCUCCCAGGGGUUUGAACCACAACGGCCCCGCUGUUAAGUACUCGGAUCCACCAGCGCUCUCCGCACUGCCCGCAGCGGCCCCGCCAAGCGCACUCAACAAUCGAACGCUGCCCCGCAUCCCGCAUCCGCAGCCCUGCGACGCCGCCCUUCGGAGCACCACAAACAGAUCGUACAACAUGGCCGAGUUCGUGCGCGCCCAAAUCUUUGGGACCACCUUUGAGAUCACCUCGAGGUAUUCCGACCUCCAGCCUGUGGGCAUGGGGGCGUUCGGUUUGGUUUGCUCUGCAAAAGACCAGCUCACGAACCAGAAUGUCGCGAUCAAGAAGAUCAUGAAGCCCUUCAGCUCCCCGGUGCUCGCUAAAAGGACAUACCGCGAAUUGAAGCUGCUGAAGCACCUGAAGCACGAGAACGUCAUCUCGCUGAGCGAUAUCUUCAUUUCCCCGCUCGAGGACAUCUACUUUGUCACCGAACUGCUGGGCACCGAUCUCCACAGGCUGCUCACCUCCAGGCCGCUGGAGCCGCAGUUCGUCCAGUACUUUCUCUACCAGAUCAUGCGAGGUCUGAAAUACGUCCAUUCGGCUGGCGUCGUCCACCGAGACCUGAAACCCAGCAACAUCUUGGUCAACGAGAACUGCGACUUGAAGAUUUGCGACUUCGGCCUUGCGCGCAUCCAAGAUCCCCAGAUGACCGGCUACGUGUCGACGAGGUACUACCGAGCGCCCGAGAUCAUGCUCACAUGGCAGAAGUACGACGUCGAAGUGGACAUUUGGAGCGCGGGCUGCAUCUUCGCCGAGAUGAUUGGGGGGAAGCCGCUCUUUCCCGGCAAGGACCAUGUCAACCAGUUCUCCAUCAUCACGGAGCUCCUGGGAACGCCGCCCGAUGAUGUUAUCAACACCAUCGCGAGCGAGAACACCCUGAGAUUCGUCAAGUCCCUGCCGCGACGCGAGAGGCAGCCGCUCAAGAACAAGUUCAAGGACGCUGAUCCACCGGCCAUUGACCUCUUGGAGCGGAUGCUCGUCUUCGACCCCAAGAAGCGGAUAACAGCGGCCGAGGCGCUGGCUCACGAGUACCUCGCCCCCUACCACGACCCUACGGAUGAGCCGGUCGCCGAAGAGAAGUUCGACUGGAGCUUCAACGACGCCGACCUGCCUGUGGAUACGUGGAAGAUCAUGAUGUACUCGGAGAUUCUCGACUACCACAACGUCGAAGCGGCCAACGUCCCCCCACAGGACUUCUAUGUGGCCCAAUGAGGCCGAGUGUUUCACCUGUACCAGAAUGCAAAAAGCAGCGGAGUCAUCGCGGCGAGAACACGCGUCGAAAAACUCGCCUGGGCCACGUUCUCAUACAUAGUGGCGCGUUGGAAGAUGGAGAAGGGAGUGUUCUGUUUUAACUGGGGCCGCGGCUGGGAAGGGGAAAGGACUGUGCUGGCCGGCCGCGAGAGCAGUAUACCAAAAACAGUGUCGUUUGUUGCUGCGCGACGAACGCAUUCCCUGCCUCGUCUGCUGGGGUGUCGCGACUAGAUUGGGCGGGAGUCCUGGGAUGGGCUGGGACCACAUGGCUAUCUUAAUCUGAGAUAGGGUCGUGGAUCGUGGAAUAAGCAAGAAAGAGAUGGCUGAACAGGCGUUUGCUGUCGGGGAGGGAGACGGACAAGGCGGGUUUGCUUGCUUGCUUGCUGCAUUGGAUGGCUGGAACUGGCGGGCAUGCGACGCAUAAUAUAUGUCCUCCUUCCCCUUGCUGGUGUCUGGAGCAUUGAAGUUGAUAUUGAUAGUUCUUAAUUGAACAUGUUUACGAUGUCGGCCAC